GAUACUCGUUUUUUAUAAAAGCAAUAGCAAUGAGAUAAAUGUUUAAUGUUUAAUGUCAGCGACCUGAAAGAAAGGAAAGGUCACUGGGGCUGGCUGAGAUAACUACAAGCUAUAAAAAUUUAUGCGAAUAGGUAAUAACUAAUAAUUAUAAUCAUAAUUUUUCCUAUAUUCACUCUCUCGCUUCCUAAUUCUCUCACUUCCCGCUCCAACCGUUCACGUUUUUGGAUAAGAUUACAUAUUGUUAUUUUCGUUGGUUUGCUGCCGUAUGAAUGACGAAACACAUAAAAGCCUUUUGCAGUAUUUACUUUAUUUAUGACAGAGGCAGUCCGUUAUUUUGCUCGACAAAUAUAAGCGAUAAAUUUCAUAAUAUUUACUUGUUUUUUUAACAACAAACUAACAAUGAAAAUCGGGUUUUUUGGUGGUGGAAAAAUGGCCCACGCUUUGGCAAAAGGAUUUAUCAAAGCCGGCUUAAAGGGAGACUCUAUGGUAGCCAGCUGCUUACCGAGCGAUUUAAAAAGCAAACAAGCAUUUGAGACUAUCGGAUCUAAAGUUGUUUUUUUAAACAAACUAGUUGCAGAUCAUGGAGAUGUUUUAAUUAUUUCUGUUAAACCACAAGUUGUUAGUAAAAUACUUCCAGAAAUAAAAAAUUCUGAUAAAUUAAUUCUUUCUAUUGCUGCUGGGGCUUCUAUUGAAGAUUUAGAAAAAAAUUUACCAAAAGGAACACCAGUAAUAAGAUUGAUGCCCAAUAUUCCGGUAUCAAUUGGCUAUGGCGCGACAGUAUUCAAAAGAGGAACAUUUGCUAAUCAAGAACAUGCAGCUUUAGUUAAAAAAUUAUUUACCUCCAUGGGAAUUUGCGAAGAAAUUGAAGAAGAUGAAAGUCUGCUGGACACAGUGACAGCUCUUGCAGGAUCAGGACCGGCUUAUGUUUACAUGAUGAUCGAAUCACUGGCAGACGGUGCUGUCAAAAUGGGAAUGUCCCGUCAAUUAGCUUACAAAUUAGCAACUCAGACAGUCCUAGGAGCCGGAGCGAUGGUAAAUCACCACCAGAGUAUCGGAGAUGGCUGUCACCCAGCUCAGCUAAAAGACGACGUGGCUUCUCCAGCCGGUUCCACGAUAAUGGCGAUUCAUCACUUGGAAAAAAACGGUAUGCGGUCAGCUGUCAUCGGAGCUAUCGAAGUUGCGACUUUAGCCUGCAGGACAUUCUCAAAAAAACAAUAAUAAUUAUAAUUUAUUACAAUAAUUUCGAGCAAUAAAAAUUUUUCGCGGGAUUUCGUCUGUUACGCAACGAAACAAUUAUUAGUACUGCCGCCUACCGGCCAUUUUUGCUAGCUCACUGUUUUACACGUGAUAUUUUUGUAUAAAUAAUAAUUUGAUAAAUAAAAAACAUUAUUUAUUUGUUUACUGGUGAGAUAUUAUCUCAAAAUAAUAAAAGAUUUUCACAAUCA